AUGCCUUCGGCUCAGCGGCCGCCGAAGCCACCAGUCUGGGCCUAUGGCGGGAAUUGGCAGUUUAUGCCAUGGAUGCUCUACAAUCUGUUCUCCGCCAAGUUCCAACCUUUGGACUUUGAGAAGAGUUACCUGACCGUGCGCGGUCUCAAGGACACGAGAAGAAGGGUAGGCGUUGUAUGGAAGAUGAGGUCCUCGAAGCUUCGAUUGGAUGCCCCAACAAUCCUGGUGGAGCCGGGCUUGAUGCUUGGUCGAGGAUACUCGAUGACCUGCACUGCGCAAGACGUGCCGGGCUCUUCCUUUCUGCGACGGGCCGUGGACAGAGGCUUCCGCGUGGUGGUCAUCGAGCGCCGGGGCCACGCACAGCCUUUGAAGAGCCCUCGCUGGAACCUCUUCGGCGAUUCGGACCGACCGGGCGAGUGGACCUUUCCGGUGGAAGCCGGUGGAAGCCGGCCCGGAAACACGUGGCGUUUCCGGUGUAGGUUGGGAUGGUUUUUCUGGAGAGGUUGGCAGUAA